GAUUGUGACUUCCUUUUCAACUAACAUACAGGCAGUCUUUUUUAGAACAGCAGCUCUCAUCAAAAUAAGUCUCUUCUCUCCCUUCUCUACUCUCUCUCUCUCCUCUGUGUGUUUUGGUGAGUCUAGCUAGCUACCAGUCAGUCACAGAGAGAUAGGGAGGACGUACAGCCAGAGGAAACAGACACACAACACCUAACAGAGAUGUCUGGUGGUCCCCUCUCCUGCUUCUCCAAACAGGGAAUACUCCUACUCUCUAUCCUCCACUAUGGUGUGGGUAUUUCUAUGUUGUUCAACAAAGGAGUGGGGGACUCAGUGGAGCUGCCCUCAGGCUUAGAAAGGAAAGAUUUAAAGUCAAUGGAGUGGAAGUAUAACAAAAUGGUCAUUGCAGAAUUUGAAGAUAACUUUACCUUACCAAGAUAACAGUUUGAGGCGAGACUAGAGAUGAACGACAAUAACUUCAGUUUAACAAUCAGAGAACUGACACUGCAAGACUCAGGGGAAUUUCUAGUUUCUGCUGCAUCAAACGAAGGACACCAGAUUCCAACCAUGACCAUCCAUCUUCAGAUCCAUGAGCCUAUAUCCAAGGUGGCGAUCCAGAAGAAGAUGAAGCUAUUGGCCAACCAGUCCUGUUCAGUGUGGCUGCUGUGCAACGUGUCAGUCUGCUCCAACCUCUCCUACACCUGGGAGAGAGGGAAUGAGACGUACAGGGACAACCAGAAGAUUCACUUCUCUCUGUCACCAGCAGACGGAGACAUCAGUGUAACCUGCAACGCCUCCGACUCAGUCAGUUGGAAAUCUGCAUCUACAACAGUAAAGUGUUGUAAUGACACAACAACCCCAGAGUAUGAUACAUGGCUGGCCUGGAAUAGGAUCUACAUCGGGGUACCAGUAGGAGGCGCUGUGGUGCUGAUCCUCACUGUAGCUGUGGCAGUGUAUUACUGCAGGGGCUGCUGUAACAUGGGUUUGUACAGCAUAGGGGCCUCAUCUAUACUUAAAGGGACAUUUUAGGCUCUGGAUGUAUUCUUAGGAUGUUUAUGAUGUGGCAUAAGCAUAAUUAGAUAUUUUGUUCAAAAUGUUGGGCUUAGGGAUUUAUGGAAAUCGGAAAGCGAGUGUGAAACCUCAGAAGUGUGUAAUGUAUUAAUUAUUGGGUAUGUUUGUGGAUAUCCUGUUUAGUAUCUAUCUGAUUGGUUGAUAUUAUGUUCUUGUCAUAAACAGCAGAUCUAACUGACAACACAAGAAUGAAAGAUGAAAGUAUGGAGUAAACUACCAGAAUUUUGGUAACUUUCAAGAAUUGUAUGUAAUUUAUCACUAGACAACUAGAGCCCCUUUUGAUAUUUCAGAUGAUCA